AUUUGUUUGAUAAUAAAGUUUGGUCAGUGAACAUUUUAGGGCAACAUUAUUGAUACGUAAAUCUUUUAUUAUGAACUUAUUGAUUUUUGAUGUUGAAUAUUAUCGACAGGGAGAUCUUUUCCAGUAUGCGUGAAUGUAUCUACUAAGGUCUCAGGACAUCCCGCUUUGUUGAAACUUGCCGUAAAUACUUUUAUCAAUCUGCCUUUACCACUAUGGGCGAUGGGUGUGUCAUUUGGAGGCAGACACAGAUUGCCGUAUCUCAAGAGUGCUGAAAUUUAUUAGUUUUGUUGUUCUUUGGUGUUUUUUGUGAUUGCUGAAUUCUGCACUGGGAUGAAAAAAAAAUCAUUAUGUGCACAACCAUGUUCCCGUCUGUUUACAAACAAAACCGAUAGUUCACACACACACACAUGAUUUCAUUUUUAUAGGUAUUCGUAAUACGUGAUUAAGCAGGAUCUGCCAUUCCCGCUUAUUCAGUUGUUUUAGGUUGUCGUUUAAAUAUAAUCGUUACAGUCCACGCUGAAUUAAAAAUGUGCGAAGUGGAAACAGGAGUGCAAAUCCUUCACCGUCUAUCGUCACGAUUGUCGUCCAGCGUGACAUGUCUGGACCCGAAUUUGUUCCCCGACGGGGGACCAUCGAAAGGCGAGAUGGUGGAAAUAUUCGGCGAGUCAAACUGCGGUAAAUCUAUGCUCGUUUUAGAACUCAUUGCCAAAAUCAUCCUGCCCGAACACUGCGGAGGUCAUGGAAUCGGCGCCGUAUUCAUGAACUGUGAUAACAAUAUCAACAUGGCACGACUUCUGAAUAUAAUGGAGAAACAAAUCGUCAACUGCUCCAAACCGUCUAGUUGCAACUUCGACAGGCAGGAAAUUCGAAGAAUCAGGCACGAAUCAUUCGCACGCUUGACUAUUAUAAAAUGCUGCACUAUGGAUGAAUUUGAGUUUUCGCUUCUGACAUUGAAUGAAAUCUUUAUCAAGAAUCCUCUCAACGUGUAUCUGCUGAUCGAUUCGCUUACUGUUUUCUAUUGGAAUAAAUGUACCGAGAAGAAUCUAAUAAGAAUGGAUACUUAUUUGCGAUCAUUGCACAGCCGGAUGAAGAAGCUUUGCCAGGAACGAAAGAUCAUCACUAUUUUCACAAGACCAUCGUAUUUUGGAUCGUCGAAAGAAUCUAUGCUGGGAGAUUUUGAAUGCGGUACAUCAGUCACUGAAACAACCGGCGUGGCAUCCACCAGCUCAUCUAUGGCAGGCGCAUUUACUUCCACAAGUUCGUCUUAUUGUCUACCGGUUGAGCAUCGGAUAGAACUAGCAGGGAUUGUAUCGCAGACACCCGGUAGUGAUAAGAAAUUUAAUGCAUUUGUGACCUCUAAGGAUAAACAAUGUAUUAGAUUUUUCAUCAUUGACGCAUACGGCAUCGAUUGGCUGAAUUGUUAAUACUUUUAUAUAUCGAAUGAUGUGUUAUUACUAUUUUAUAAGAUUGUACCAUUAAUUGAAUAAAAUGUUAGUUGUCACGUUCGAGGUUUACAAUUAAGGACUUCUA